CCCGCCUCAGCUGAAGCUGGGAGGAGGAGGGUGGGUGGAGAGCUCUGGACUCAGGAGUUAUUCGGACCAGAAGUGUUCACAGCAGAACCCACAGUGGAUCCUCUCUUAAAUAAACUGAAUUAAACAACGCUUUUGAGUGGAUACGUUGAAAAUACGGACUUUUGGCUUAACUUUGGACCAGUUCUACAUUAUGAAAUCUUACUUUUACAGCAGCUGUAUAUCUUUAGGGACACACAUCCUGCAAAGCUUCUUACUCUGCUGAGAUGUUCAGGGAAAAUCAAGUCAUUAAAAAAGGGCUAAAAUGUGAUGGCUGCAGAAACACUGCCAGGUUGAGCAGUUCCUCUAUACCAGUGCAGUGACGCCCUCUGCUGUGUGGCCAGGGAAGGUUCAGGAUUGGGAAAGCCAGGAUGGGGAACCUGAUCAAGGAAGGGAUGAACACCAUCAUUGUUAAGCACUAUAACCACUCAGGGAAGUGGGACCGGCCUCGAGGUGUGGGCACCUGCAAGACAGUGGUUCUGCUCUUUAUCUGCGUGCUCAUUGUUUUGGAGAACAUCACCGUUCUGCUUGCUCUCUGGAGGAACAAGCGUUUCCACAGUCGUAUGUACUUGCUCAUUGGCAACUUGGCGCUGUCUGACCUCCUGGCUGGUGUGGCCUAUGUAGUUAACAUCUUUACUUCAGGGAAUAAGACGUAUUACUUGACGCCGGCACAGUGGCUGGCCAGAGAGGGGAGCAUGUUUGUGGCCCUCAGCGCCUCCACUUUCAGCCUUCUGGCUAUUGGCAUUGAGAGGCACAUGACCAUGGUGCGCCUGCGGCCCUGUGAAACAGCCGGUCGAGGGAGACUACUGGCUCUGCUGGCAGCCUGCUGGGUUGUAUCAGUACUCCUUAGUGCCCUCCCAAGUCUAGGUUGGAACUGCCUGAAAGAUCUGUCUUCCUGCUCUACAGUGUUGCCUUUGUAUGCUAAGAGUUACAUUGCCUUCUGCAUUAGUGUAUUUAGUGCACUUUUGGUUGCUAUCAUCAUCCUCUACAUCAAGAUUUAUCGCCUGGUGACCUCCAGCGGCCGUAGGGUGAGCAGCCGGCCCUCAGAGUGCUCUCUGGCACUUCUGCGGACAGUUGUGAUUGUUCUUGGACUGUUUGUCAUGUGCUGGGCCCCCUUAUUCUUCCUCCUCCUGCUUGAUGUUGGUUGCAGUCCGGAUAAGUGCCCGGUCCUGUACGAGGUGGACUGGUUCAUCGCCCUGGCCGUGCUUAACUCUGCUCUUAACCCUCUGAUAUAUACCCUGUCCAGCAGGGAAAUGAGAUCAGCAUUUUUUCGAUUGCUGUGCUGCUCCAACACCAGUAUGGAACAAUCUGGGAUACCUGCAGCAGGUCAUCCAAACUUAGGAACAAUUAUUCCCACUGUGAAAAACAGCAAGUCCAGUGUGGGCGGAGGCAGUGGGGCUGGCAAAUCAGCACUAAACAGAGGGAAGAUUCCCAUACCUGCAAACUGUGAAAAUAAGAAUGCAGAUCCUUCUCCCACUGCAGUGAUUCAUACAACUGGUCCGACAGACCUGUUCUCAGCUGUGCUUGUAAAGGCAGGAGCGCUGCCAUCCCUCAGCAAAUUCUGAGUGUAAUCACCUAAAAAAUAGACUUGUAUCAGACAUUGUCUUUUUAUUAGCCACUUUUUGUUUGUGCACUAUGGCUCAUGUAGCUCAGACACAUACUUCAAAAAGAAGAAUUUAAGAUUUCCUUCUAAAUCCUUUGAGUCCAUUACUAACACUUACGGUUACAUAACAGUGUUUGAAAUCUGUCUGAUUUUCUCAGUGGCAUUUAUAACCAUGAGAUACAACAGGACAGUGUAUGCUGCAAUUAAAUCUCUUUACCAUGCUAACUGAACAGGCUUCACAUUUCAAUUACUCUAAAUAAUGUGUUUGUUAGUAUAUUUAUUUGGUUUUCAUUUCCUCAAAAGUUACCAGUAUUCCGAUCUUUGCACUUUGACAUGGUGUUUUUUUUUUUUUUUUUUUUUUUUUUUUUUAGAAAACCUCCUUUUUUGUCACUUUGAAAUUCUUUAUUAUUUAUUUUAUUUGAAAAAUAAUCCAAUAUCAAAUCUCUAAAAUGUUAAAUGUGUGGUUUUGUUAUUUUCUUCGUGUAAUUCUAAGUGACACUACAUAUUUACAGCAUUCACUUUUUUGGAACUUGGAAUUUGGUUUCCUGAUAUUUUUAUGAAAUAAACUGGUUACUUUCCUAAAACUUAGAGGAUACUUUCCUUAAACUUAGAGGUUACAUUCUGGAAAUCACUAGCUAUCCUCUUGGAACUUAUUUACUUUCUUCAUGUGGCAUUUGCCAAGUCCCUAUGUUUUUUUAUGGGUAGUUUUUCUUUCACUUUCUUGGUUACCUAGUUACCAGGUGCUUUCCAUGGAAGUACCUUGCAAGCUCAAAAAAGUAACCUCUAAAUUUCAGAAAGGUUUCUGUUAUUUUCUGGAGAGUAACCAGUUUCAGGUAAGUAUUUUCUUGGUUUUGAGAAAUUAACAAGUAAAGUUUGUUAAAGUGAACUAACCGCUGAGUUCAGGAACGUACAAGCUGUUAUAUAGUACUGCCAACUUUUAUGGUACUUUGAUUCUAUUUCAUACUUUCAUUUUAUAUAUUUGUUGUCCACUGUGGGAGAGAAAAAUAUACUGCUGGACUAGCAGCCUAAUUAGGCUGUGAUGUGUUUUUCGAAUAAGGUUUCCUGUUCAGAUAAAAAUAGAUCUGUAAUUUCUUUAGAGUCUAAUUUUUUCCCCCUGAUGACGACUCUAGAGGAGAACCUGAGAAACUUAAUUACUUAGGUUUUCAGCAGAUGUGGGUCUUCAUCUAGGAGCUUUUGGGCAAGAUUUGUAUAACUAAUCACACUCAUAAAGUAAAUACUUGCUUCUCACUAGCGCACACAAAAACCACUUAUGUGUCAUCUAACCACUUGUCAAUGAGAAUGUUGGAAUGGAACUAUUUAAAGAUAAGAGAUUGUAUCUGGGUGUCGUAGUGUCUGUUACAGCUGCAGUAAAAAUAAAAUUAUAUUCUCUUAUCAUG